AUGGAUGAUGCUCUUACUGCUCCGACGAGGAAAUCGAGGUCGAGGGUCUCGGCUCCCUGCUCAACCGUUGAAGUAAUCGACCCUACGGGUGAUGAUCCGACACCCACCCCCAAGAAACAAAAGAAGACCACCCAGAAAGCGCAGCCAGAGACGAGGGCGAGGAGAUGGCGUCCCCAUGCCCCAGCUUCUAUCUUGCAUAGGAUAGCGCGUGCAAGAACACAAAGAAUGGUCGUCGCCAAUCACAUAGUUACAGGCACUGGGGAGGAUUUGAGUAUUAAAUGUGAUAUUGUCGGGUCAACGGGGAACCUUUACGAGACCUGUAUUGGGAAGGUGCCGACUUGCAAUUGCCCGGAUUCUCUCAAGGGAAACCAGUGUAAACACAUCUUUUACGUCCUAGUGAACGCUCUCAAGGCCCCGCCACAGCUACAGUAUCAGCUCGCCUAUCUAUCAUCUGAGCUUCGUGAGAUGUAUGAUAAUUCCCCCCUCAGUCGCAAAAAGAACAGGUCUGCAGAGGAGGGAGACGGGACUCGGAGGCCUAUCGAGGGCGAAUGUCCUGUUUGCUUUAUGCAGUUUGACCCUUCUUCUGAAGCGAUCGUCUGGUGUCGCGCAGUGUGCGGAAACAAUAUACACAAGACCUGUUUCGAGCAAUGGGCACAGACGGAUUCUAGCCAUGGUGUUCGCUGCGUGAUCUGUCGGUCCCCCUGGCAGGGGGAGGAGUUUUCAGCAGACAUGGAGGCAUUAAUAAAAAACGGCUCUGUGAACGAGGAAGGAUACAUGAAUAUAGGCCGGGAGCUUGGCCUUUCAAGCGAACGUGACUCCUCAGGGUAUUAUCGGCCUGGGAGGCGCCAGCGAUCGCACUACUAUGGCUGGGCUAGACGCUAG